GCCGCUCAGUUUGAGCAGAGGAGAAGGAGGAGAACAGAGACUGGCACUCUGAGGGAGAGAGGACGGAGCAGAGCUUUCUCUAGUGUGUGCCCAGUCAGGGGAACGCAGGUUUGUGCUGGUGCUGCAGUGCGCGUAAUGGGUGCGUUUCGUUUUUCGACAUGUGGAAAACAUAGAUAGGCUGUCGAUGCACCUCAUGACACGCUUAAAUUCCUGAAUCUGUUUUUUUUCCAAAAGACUGAGGUUUCAAGUGGACACUUUGCAGCCUUACGCAGUUUUACGCUUCCAAAUGAGGCGGCGAACUUUCCAGGAAUUCACUUUGCGUGUUGUCCCCAGAAACCUGAACUUUCUCAUAUAGUUACUUAGGUUUAUAUCCACUGGUUUAGUCCUCAUCAGGAAAAUGGAUUCUUUAUUUAAUACCACCGAUGUGCCACUUUGGACCACCACAUCCAACGUUACCAAUAACGGGACUGAAUACUGGAACCAGUUUGUGCAGCCAGUCUGGAGAAUCGUCCUCUGGGCCAUCGCGUAUAGCUGCAUAGUUAUUGUAUCCGUAGUUGGCAAUAUCACAGUGAUUUGGAUUAUCAUGGCGCACAAACGCAUGAGGACCGUCACCAACUAUUUUCUGCUAAACCUGGCUUUCGCCGAAGUCUCCAUGUCCGUCUUCAACACGGUGAUCAACUUCACCUACGCAGUGCACAAUGACUGGUAUUUCGGUCUGGUCUACUGCCGCUUCCACAACUUCUUUCCCAUCGCGGCAGUCUUUGCCAGCAUCUACUCGAUGACUGCCAUCGCCCUGGACAGGUACGUGGCCAUCAUUCACCCCUUGCAGCAGCGCAUGUCGUCCACAGAGACCAAAGUGGUGGUGGGUGUCAUCUGGGUUCUGGCUCUGCUCCUGGCCUUCCCUCAGUACUACUACUCCACCACAGCCCAGUACCCCGGCCGGGUGGUGUGCUACAUCAACUGGCCUGAAGACACCGUGCACGACUUCAAAAAGACGUACUUUAUAUGUGUGGCCAUCCUCAUCUACCUGCUGCCGCUGCUGGUGAUGGGCUGUGCUUAUCUGGUGGUGGGACUGACCCUCUGGGCCAGUGAGAUCCCUGGAGACUCUUCUGAUCGCUACAAGGAGCAGCUGACCGCCAAACGCAAGGUUGUGAAGAUGAUGAUUGUUGUGGUGUGUACCUUCGCCAUCUGCUGGCUGCCGUAUCACGUCUUCUUCCUGCUGCACGAAUUCUUCCCUGACAUUUUUGAAGAAAGGUUCAUCCAGCAGGUCUACCUGGCCAUCAUGUGGUUGGCCAUGAGCUCCACCAUGUACAACCCCAUCAUCUACUGCUGCCUCAACGACAGGUUUCGUGCUGGUUUUAAACAAGCGUUUCGCUGCUGCCCCUGCAUCCCCCAAGGAUCUUAUAAAGGCCUGGAACUCAAGUCCACUCGCUACCUUCAGACCCAGACCAGCGUUUACAAGGCCAGCCGCAUGGAGACCACCGUAUCUACCGUUAUCCAGGUUGGGGAUGAAGCGGAGCAGCCCAAGGUCAAGUCAAUAGGAGCUCAAGGGUCUAGCCGUGCUAUAGGGGGGGCUAGACCACAUAGCUCCUCCCUGGAUCUCACCUCGAAUGGGUCAUCAUCCUGGAGUGUCUCCAAAACGGUAUCAGAGACGUCUAGUUUCUACUCCAGCAACAACCUGCAGGAGUAGAAGUCCAGAGAGUGUGAGUUGACUGUUCACAUAGCAGCUUUUGCCUGCAAUGUGUUCAGGCAGAGUACAGCGUGAAUGUGUGAGUUUGUCCACUGAAGACUGUGAGUUUUUGAUGAAUACACUUCUAGUGUGUUCACUAAUGUCAUGUUAGAAAAUUUGGUUCAUGUUCACUGAGCAAUGGUCACACCCACAACACUCUCGUGGAAAAUACUCAUGUGAAUCACGGCUGAUGAUCAGCUGGCAUUAGAAAGAUUUGCUGAGCGCCAGAAAGUGAUGAAGAGCACUUCAUUGACAUGAACACAUUCCAGUUCAAAAGCUAAACUGAAGCAGACGCUAGCGCCUCCAAUCUUCACAGCUUCUGCUUGUCACACCAGACUUCCCUCGGUGCAGAGAGAAGGUUCACACAUCCUCAUUCACACAAGCUGUGUGACUUCACAGAGUCUAUUUUGGCAUGGAGAUACAACACGAGACCAGCAUGCUGUGAACACAGCAGCUCUUCGUUUUAAAAAGGGGUUCUCUGCAAAGAGGCAAAGCCCGGGUGUUCAGAAAGUUCUCCCCACCUCUUGUGGAGGAACUUUCUCCCCAGAAUCUACAUGCUGAAAACACAAGCACAUGCUUUCAGUUUAAAAACGUCUCCCUUAAGAGGUGAUGAAGACUGACAACAAGAAAGCAUUGAACCCUGAACACUGCUUUAGGGAGUGUAUGCAUGUGAGUGUGUGUCUGUGUGUGUGUGAUCAGAAUGGCAACUCUGUGUACCUGAGCAGGACUUCAUCUGCAAUCCAGAGUGCAGACUGAGCACCUGUCCAGCUGAAAUAGUGCGCUAAGGAUCCUCAGCGGGGGCGCUGAAAGGUUCUACCAAUUAUUGGAAAAGCCAGCAGCGUCUGGCUAAAGACUGACUUCAGCAGCUGGCAGCAUCACUUCUGAAACAUAGAGGAGUUUCAAAUGCUCAACACGUAACAUUGGACCUCAACUAAACUAAAAACAAAACAAAACAAAAACAACAAAAAGAAAACUUUCUACUAAAUCCCAAUCUCCCUGAUAUCAGACCUGAACCUAAAGUGGCAACGCAAAAACAACACUGCUCUUUAAAUUUAUUUGCUAUUUUACAUAAUCUGCACAAACAAUAACCAACCCAUUGGCUUCUGAUCGCUCUGACCUCCCUCACCUUUAUCAGACACUUGACACUAGCUUGCGAUCUGAAAUAAGGCACCACUUUCAAACUCUUAAAUAGUUGAAUAACUCCAAUGAACUGUUUGUCUCUUCCAACUGGCAGCAACAUCUCAAUGCCCUUUGGCUGGGUUACAUUUAUAGCUCACAAUAAUAUGUCUCUCUGGUAUAUACGGUUUCACUUGCUGUUAAUGUAGCCAAAGUCCCCUCCAGCCUGCUCUGUAGGUGGGGUUAGUUACUUGUUUCGAGUAGUCACAUUUUAUAACGCUGAUGUUAAUUGAUAUUGGGUCUUUGUAGAUGUUUCGGCCUGGAAUGUGCACACGCAGCCUCUUACCUGUGACUCUUUGUAGUGCAGUGAUGUGCCUUGCUGCUUAGCAUAGAGUAAUGUAAAAAGAUGGCAGGAGGGCGGGAGCAGCUCGCUCCGCUGGUGUGCAGUGGAGAGACAGUAUAGUAACAGGAGCUACAGAAGUCCACUGAAACACGGAGAGAAGUGUCUAUAACCUGCUGUAGCAGUAACCCCCCCACCACCCCCACUAGAAAGUUAAAGCUGAGCUUUCUUACUCACACUGUCUGAAAAUGGUUUAUAUAGUUUUACAAAGUGAGUGUGGUUUAGUUUCAAGAUAUUUACCCUCUGAUCUAACUUGAUCUUACCACCACUUUACUACAGCAUGACCUUACUCAGAAAGAGACUCUUCAUCUAAGAAUUUUUCUACACGAUGCCGCAGAUGAUGAAUGAUGAAGAUAUCGUACAGUGAGCUCACCAACUAAAUCCAAAAAAGAUUAGCAUAUUUGCCGCCUGCAGAACAAACACACAGGCCGGGUUACACACCAAACAGCAGCGCUAUCGUUUAUCAGACACUAACACACAUAAAUCAAGACACCAACAAAGUCCCUCCUAAUAAAUCUAAAUCCCCGUCUUUAUCGAAACACCUUUCAAGCUGAGUACAACGUGGAAUGUGUGCACACAACACAUGGACACACAUACAGUGUGGUCACCUGUUGACAACCAUCAGUUCAUUUCACACACUCACACACACACACACACUCAGACACACACACCUCAGAGGCCCCGACUUGACUGCAGGUCUAUUCUCAGCUCACAAAGUCUCUUGUUUUAAAUUCCUGCGCCAGCUGACAUGAAACAGGGGAGCAGCCGUGAGGCAACACGACUUAAUUGGAGCCACUGUAUUAUAUCAGCUUUUUCACAGAACACAGAAAACUUUGCCUAGGUGACAUGGAAACAUAUCAAACAUAUCAAACCACAACUGUGGAGAAAGUGUACCCACAGAAGGUGAAGAGAGAAGUGAAGAGAGAAAAUAGAUUUAUAUAUUGAAAUCACUCACCGAAAUUUGGAGUACUUUCACAGUUUGAAUUGUCUUUAACAUUUUAGUUGACCUGGUUGAAUUAACUACUAUUCUAUACAUCCUGUUAUUUAAAAGGCUAAGGUGCAACCUGGUGCACAUGUUCAUUUUAUCAGUCUAUGGAAUAAAUCAGUUUACUAUAGUCAACCAUGUCAAAAAAAAAAAAAACAUUUCUAUAACGAGGAAGUGAGAAGGUCCAGGUUUGAGUCCAGCUCAGGCCUUUCUGGGUGGAGUUUGCAUGUUCUCCCUGUGUCCGUGUGUUUUUUU